UCAAAACAAAGGGAUUAUUGGCGCCCCCUCUGGAAUUUUCCGCGACAUAAAGUGAGGAUUCUAACCUCUACAAGAGUCAGUUGACAUUGCAACACGUGCUGGAAUCAUCAGUUAUCAUUUGUUGUUGGUUAAUUGUUGUAUAAAUAAAGAACAUGGGAAGAAGUAAAAAGGGGCGAUGUGUAAAAAAGAACAAACAGCUAGCUGCUCCAGAGCCGGAGGCUACUGUCCGAGCGCCGCACUCAUUCAUCAUCCAUAGAGGUCUCCCUGGCGAGCACAUAGUGGAACUCACAAAGGACUUUCGUAAAAUAAUGGAGCCAUUUACCGCCUCCGCCCUCAAAGAACGCAAAAAGAACUCGAUAAAGGACUUCGCGUCAAUAGCAGGUCUCCUACACGUCAGCCACUUAUGCAUCUUCAGUCGAACUGAGAUAGGAAUGUACCUGAAAAUGUGCCGAUUUCCACGAGGUCCAACGCUCCACUUUAAAGUCCUCAACUUCUCCCUAGCCAGAGACAUAAUAUCAACGGCCAAGAAGCAGUUGGUCUUCGAUGAGAUAUUCAAGCACUCGCCUCUGGUGAUCCUCAAUAAUUUCAGUGGCGAGGGUCUCCAGAUGAAGCUGAUGGCAUCGAUGUUCCAGAAUAUGUUCCCCACAAUAAACCUGAGGACAGUGAAUUUGAACACAAUCAGGCGGUGCGUCUGCCUGAAUUAUAAUUCAGAAUCCAAAAGCAUUGAUCUUCGACAUUAUGCGAUUAAAGUUGUGCCCCUGGGGCUAUCCAAAGGUGUCAAGAAGCUGGUUCAAGCUAAAAUUCCAAAUCUUCGUGGAUGUGAAAGCUACGCAGACUUCCUCACGAAAACUGCUGUCUCUGAGAGCGAAGGUGAGGACGAUCCCUCGAACUCGGUCGUUUUGUCGCAGAAACUUUCGUCUCGAGGUAAUCUUCAGAACAGCAACAGUGCCAUCAAGCUGUACGAGCUAGGGCCCAGGAUAUCUCUUCAAUUGAUGAAGGUAGAGGACGGUCUGCUUGAUGGGGGUAUCCUGUUCCAUGAGACGAUUCACAAGACCGAGGAGGAGAAGCAAAGGAUUGAGAAGAUUCGGGAGAAGAAGAAGAAGACGAAAGAGGCUAGGAUGAAGGUGCAGAAAGAGAACAAACAGGCCAAGGAAAAAGCUAAGGAAGAAUUGAAGGUCAAGUCCAAGGAGGGGAUGAAGAGGAAGUGGGAGAUGGAGGCGAAGAGGGUGGACUGUCGGGAAGAGAAGGAGAUGGAAGCUGAUGAUGAUGCACAAUAUUACAGGGAGGAGGUCGGGGAGGAGCCUGAUCAGGACUUGUUCCAGAAUAAAUCCGUCAAGAAGAGAAAGCAUACUGGAGCUAGUGUUAAAUACAAGUCCAAGAAGUUUAAGACGAAAUGAUGUAGGGUUAAUAAUUGUUAAAAAACUGAAUGAUUAAUAAAAGUGUUUUUUUUUUA